UGAUAUGUAUAUAUCGACAUAAAUGUUUGUACGAGUGUAACUAUAGAGAUAAAAAUGAUUUAGAACCGAGCCAUUCGAACACCACCGCGUUUUAAAGAAAUUCCUACUCCAUUUGGAGUAAUAGCCUAAAUUUAAUUCGAUUAUAUUCACCAUGUAGUUUACAUGUUUUUAUAAAAUAAAUUCAUGAUUAUAAUUAUUGUGUCUCCUUGCUUUAUUCCAUAAAACAAAAUUCCUUGUAUGUAUAAACUAUAUUGCGAAAAGUAGUUUUUUUAAAUUAAACAAUCUCAAUUAAAUUCUGUCGAAAAUUUAGUUAAUUCGUAGUACGAAUGCAUUGUACCAUGGCGCGUGAGUACUUUGGAUCGAAGUUAAAAAUGGCGACGGAUUGUUGCCUCUCUACCGCAGUUGAACGCAACUGAGCAGAAGUUUUACCGAAACAUGAGAAAAAUAUUUAUUAUCAGGUGACAGCAACCGCGUGGCCAAUUUUCAAAGUGCUUUGGCGCUAAAAUUUAAACAUAAUUCAAAACAUGGAGGCCACGUUAGCUAACGAAUGGUUCAUAUGAAUAAAUAUAUGUGUAUUAUGCAUAUAGGAGAAGAAGAUGAUUGGCCGACGCUGUGCUCUCGUUGCUUUGGGCGGACUUUUGAUUCUUGUCCUCAGUGUCAAUGUAUAUUUCAUACGAAUGAUCGUAGAGAGCUCGUCGCACAAAGCCUCCUCAAAAGGUAUGCCAGCCUCACAAUUGAAGCCUGAACAGGAAGAAUUAAUAUCUCAGGCAGAACAAAAUUUACAAGUUCUGCAAAAAUCGGUCGCAAAAAAUAUGGCGAAGAAGAUUAUGGAUGAGAUUCAAAUAUUACCAUCAAGAUACUUCAAGCAGAAUACCAGUUACAUGAUAGUAUUGGACCGAUUGUUAACUGAACUGAGAAUAACGCCUAAUGUUCGUGAAAAUAUAUGGAAUAUUCCUAAUAAUAACUGGCCUGAUGCUCAUCAAUUAAUUCCACCGGUUGCACCUGAACUGGGAACAAUACUGGACACUUUACGCAAAUCAAGAGUGAUACGAGCGGAUAACGCGCCACUUGGUACGCAACUGAAAUUAAUGUUAACAUUGGAACACGGGACGAAAGCGAUGUUCAAGCCUCAGUGGUAUUCUAGGGACGCUAUUAUUCGAGGGCCUGUUUACCACGGUAAAGACAGGCACAAUGCUGAAGUUGUAGCAUUCCACUUAUCUUCCUUACUGGCCUUAAGAAGAGUACCUCUUACCGUUAUCAGAAAACUCGAUUUAAGGAACGAGAUUCGACCACGAGCGACCCCCGAGCUUUACGCUACCAUGUACCAAGACGGUAACGAUACUUGUCUCUACGGAAUCUGCCAUUACUGUUCGCCCGCAGAUCCAGUUUGCGGAUCGGGAGACGUUUUGGAGGGUGCUUUAAUUUCUUGGCUACCGCGGUACUUAAAACUUGUGAAGCACCGUCAUCCAUGGCAGAGAACAUACAAAAGAAACAAAUUUGCCAUGUGGGAGACGGACGACAAUUACUGUGAAAAAGUGAAAGAUUCCAAAGCAUAUUCACCACAGUCAUCGAGUAGACUUUUAGAUUUAAUCGACACAGCUAUUUUCGAUUUUUUAAUGGAUAAUGGGGAUCGCCAUCAUUAUGAACUGGCGCAGAAUAAUUUUCAUAACCCCGCUGUUUUAUUAAUUGAUAAUGGGAAGAGCCUGGGAAAUCCUGACGUUGAUCAUUUUGAUAUUUUAGCUCCAUUGUAUCAGUGUUGCAUGAUUCAUAAAACUACUUGGGAUCGUUUGAAACUGUUCAGUGGUGGAACUUUGAGCAUAGCUCUUGGAAGACUCGUUGAACAUGAGUCUAUGAUGGCGGAUGUUCAACCGCUUGUCACAGAUGCCCACUUAAGUGCCAUGGAUAGGAGAUUGCUUACUAUUUAUGCGGUUGUAGAAUAUUGUUUAAAAAGUAAGAAAUAUGCUUCGAACGUUAUUCUGGAUCACCGGUAGUUCAUCUUUCACAAGCUCUAGUGCAUUUAUCAAAUUUGAAUGUUAGGAAAAUGUUCCUGCUGUGAGCUAUGAACUGUAUCUUUAAGUACCAAUUCAAAGUGUUGGUUUAAUUUAAGAUUUCUAAAAAUCUUAUUGGAUUGUUAUUAGCACGAAAAUAAUGUACAUAGUAGAAACAAAUAAAAUAGCUUUAUACGGUCUAUGUAA